CCUGACAGCUGCCCAGUAUAGUAGCAUUUGUUUCCUGUAAGUGCAAUGAAACAGUGGGAAAGUCCAUGUUUUCUAAGAAUACUGAGAUAGAGAGGUAUAGAUCCACAUAGUAUUCAUUUAUUAUAUUUUUGCCCCACUGAAUCACUUUGAAGGCGUCAGAAACUGGUUAAUGUUCUUGUACAUUUGCCUAUGGGGACUUAGAAAAUAUUGAGAAGAGGAUGUGAUUAUACUGAUUUAACUUAAAGAUCAGCUGUAUUAUUUCAAGUACCUGUCAUUAAUACCUUGUCUUUUAUACAAAGCCUUACUUUAGGAGAUGAUAACUUAGCUGCAAAUCUGCCUUGAUGUUGGCUGAAAUGCCUUAAUCAACAGGAGUUCCAUAUCUAAAGCCUCCCAGGAAUCUUUGGAAAGAAGGAAUAAAUUGAUUUGUCCUCCAAAAAUAAAUAAACCAACAAAAAAGACCUCAAAACCCUCUUUGAAAGUUUUUCCUCCUCCUGGGUCCAAACUAAAGGAAGAUGAUAUUUGUGGCAUAUAUGAGCCACAGCUGUUCUUCCUUAGAAAUCAAAAGUCAGUUAAUUAGAUCAAUGAAAGACCACUAUUAAUAAUCUCCUCUAGUAUACAGCUGCCACAGUUUUGAAGAAUCUUUAGAAACAGGCUCUCUAUAAGAAAACCAAGAUUUUUACUGCUUCAUACUUCAUCUGUUGAUAUAGCUGGGGACCUUUCUCAAUCUUGCAUUAAGGGACAUGAUGAGCAUCUGCCUCAUCUGCUUCUGUUCUCCUUCUGCCUUUUCCUCCUUUCAGGAAGAAACACUGAGAUGUUAAACAGCUUUUUUCUUUUAUGCUUGUUUUGUUGGCUUGUAGCUUACUUCUGAAUGCACUUAUGGUGGUAGCAGUUGGUUCAUGCUGCUGUUUGAAAAGCCAUCUCAGUGCUGAGACUGCAUCAGAGCUAUCCUGUGGGAUCAGGUCAGAAAAAUCCAGAUAAUAUUGUGGGUGAAGUGUCAGUAGAAGAUAGAUGCUGCAGUGGCUGAAGCUUUCUUAGACAGUUCAGAUAGCAGAAAUGAUAGAUGUGCAAUAAUUUUGUGUGUAUUCCCCUCCACAUGCUUUAAGGGUAAAGGCUUCAUAUCUGACACUGAACUCUAGCACAAAGCUUAAACUGUGUUUCUGUACAGUCAAACUGCACAUGAUCAGUUCACUAGCAGCCCAUCAUGGCAGACAUCCUGAAGGACACCAAAACUCUGACAUUUUGGGGGCUUUGUGUCAUUCUUUUAACCAGCCAUGUGUAUUGUGGUGAAAAUUCUCUGAAAUGUAACCAAAACUGGAAAUUUGGUUAACCUGAAUAGAAGCUUAAAUAAGCUUCCCUGCUCAUUGCAAGGGCUUUGGACUAGAUGAUCUUUAAAAGGUGCCUUCCAACUCAAACUAUUCUAUGAUACACCCUAGAAUUUUCUAAAAAGCUUGUUUUUCCAUUAUUUUUCUCUUCACCACUUAUGGAGUGGUGGAAAGGCAGCUCUUUCCACUGUGAAAUUAAAACUCCUGACAGGACGUUUUGCUUUUCUUAAUUGUUUUAUCCACUGCCCUCUUAAAGAGGAUUUUGUGGCUUUCCAGGGGUUCACAAAACCCAUGCAUACAGAACAUGGUUUCAGGAACUCAAAAGCUGGAUAUGUCAGGCACUGGGAUUAAUUAGGGGGAUGCCAGCUUGUUUGGUGUCUUCCUUGUAGUAAAGCACGGAGCCAGUCCCUGUCCUGCCCAGCAAUAGAGCCCUUAUCGCGGAUGAUACUGAGUAUUUGUAACCUGAGUGUUUGCAGACUUUGUAACCUGUCAUUCUGUUCAUCAGCAGUUUCCUUUGUUCUGCUCCUUCUCCUUGCUUUCCUGCUGAGAGCAGGGCCUGAGCAGAGCGGGGCGCAUUCAAACCUCGUAGGCGCAGCUCCUGUCCCUCAGCGGCCGGGCCGGGGCUGCAGCGGGGCUGGUGCUCAGCAGCGCUCAGCCCUGCGCCGGGAAGCCCCUGGGCACCAGGCAGAAGCCUGAGCAGGGGCGAGGGUGCCACUGGCCAAGCCCGGUGCCUUGGGCAGAGCCAGGGCACACUCCGCACGUUUUGCCAGCGACAGGGAUCUGGCCCGGGGCUGGUUUUUGCAGGCAGCAACGCCCGGAGCCGAUGAGCGGGGAUUGAGUGGAGCUGACUCACAGCUGCCCAGGAGCGGGUCUGUCGGCUGCCCGGUGUCACUUGAGUGAGACUUUCUGUUCUCCUCUCUGGGAAGAGCAGCACUAGGAGCAAGACCUGCGUGCAAACAGGAUGCAGAGCAAGGGGCAGGGGCUUAGCACUGGCACCCCCAGCUGCGGGGGGACACUGGGGUGAAGAACAAGCCUGAAGGCAUUUCUCCUCCUUGCCAGUUGGCACGGUCAAUGCCAAACACGCGGCCGCGCUGCUGGGAGGGUGGAAAACCUUUGCCAGGGCCUAAUGCUGAUUCCCCUGCGGUACAUGGCAGGGCUCCCUCGGGGGCUGCUGGGGCAGCUCGCACCCCACCGGCACAGGGCGGCUGCGGGAGCUCUUAAACCUCCGACAGCUCCCUUGCGGCAUAGGAAGUUAUCUAACAGACUAACAAAGGGGUUGUUAAUAACAAGAGAGCUGGGAGGUGGGAAAUUAAUUCCCAGAAUAAACCGGAUUAUUGCUCUGUGUUUAUUUCCAGGUCUUUGCCUCAGUCGCUGCAUGGAGUUCGUUCCUCCACAGCGCUGCACAGAGCCCAUUGCAAGGAAUGUUAAUGCCACAGAUUAAAUCCUAAAUAAGAGAUAUUUACGUAAAUAUUUUGGCUUGCUGUAAAAAGGGAAGCAGGGAAGCCUUCACAAAAAUCCAGCUUUUGACUCAGUCAGCAGCUCUUUCUGAAGUGAGCCCCAGGUCAAAUACAAGGAUUUUAUUUUUUUCCAGCAGAAAUUUAAGCCAAAGCACAUCCUGGUUGCCAGGAGGGAAGGUCCUUUUCCUUUCCUUGCUGUCAACCUUCCAUUCCUGCUGUUCUUCUUCUACAGGAGCAUCUCUAUGUCUCUCCAUGUGCAGGAAAGCAGGGAAGAGUGCCCCAUGCAGGAGACUCAAUGCCUGUGUUCCAGGGUCUGCUCCCAGGCUGGGAGGAAAGGCCCUGGGGGAAAAGCCUUCAUUCAUUUGUUGGUGUUUGUGGGCUCAGCAUGGGAAUUUGGGAGCUUUUUAGUUUGGUUUUUUGGUUGUUUGUUUUCUAUUUUUAAGCAAGGCCAAACUUUAAUAUGCAACUCAAAACUCUCUGACACAGAUGUUGCUGUUACCUUUUCUUUGAGCACUUUGGCUGUGCAGCAGAACACCCCACACUGAAGUAAAUCUUUCCCUCAUCCUCUUUGUCUCUUUAUUGGUUACAAGGUUUGGCAGGUGGUUGGUUACCCUUUAACAGCCCCAGCCCCCAGCAUUGCUCAAACCGCCCGAAUGCAUCUGGGCAGGGCUGCCACACAGCAGUGCCAACCAACACAGUUUAACAGCAGAAAUUCCAGCCCUGCCAAGUUCCUGCGGAAAAUUCCCAGAGAGUCAGUGCCCACCAGCCUCUGGGACGCUGCCUGAAACCUCUGUGAGAUGUCUUUCAGGAUUGGGCCGUGCCAUCAGUACUCCAGGUGGCUUUCUGAUCCCGUACCUCAUCAUGCUGAUUGCCGAGGGGAUGCCGCUGCUGUACCUGGAGCUGGCCGUGGGGCAGCGUAUGCGGCAGGGCAGCAUCGGCGCCUGGAAAAUAAUAAGUCCCUACCUCUGUGGUGUUGGAGUUGCCAGUGUUGUCGUCUCCUUCUUCCUCUCCAUGUACUACAACGUGAUAAACGCCUGGGCCUUCUGGUACCUCUUCCACUCCUUCCAGGACCCCCUGCCAUGGGCCACCUGCCCCAUCAACAGCAACCGCACGGGCUAUGAGGAGGAGUGCGAGAAGACAUCCUCCACGCAGUACUUCUGGUACCGCCAGACGCUGAACAUCUCGCCGUCGCUGGAGGCCAGCGGCAGCGUGCAGUGGGAGCAGGCGCUGUGCCUGACGCUGGCCUGGCUCGUGGUUUACCUCUGCAUCCUCCGCGGCACCGCCUCCACCGGCAAGGUCGUCUAUGUGACAGCCUCUUUGCCAUACUGUGUUCUCAUCAUAUACCUCAUCAGAGGAUUAACACUUCAUGGAGCUGUGAAUGGGCUCAUCUACAUGUUCACACCAAAGCUGGAGCAGCUGUCCAACCCCAAGACCUGGAUCAGCGCUGCCACGCAGAUCUUCUUCUCGCUGGGCCUUGGCUUCGGCAGCCUCAUCGCCUUUGCCAGCUACAACGAGCCCUCCAACAACUGCCAGAGACACGCCAUCAUCGUGUCCCUCAUCAACAGCACCACCUCCGUAUUUGCCAGCAUUGUCACUUUCUCCAUCUACGGCUUCAAGGCGACCUUUAACUAUGAGAGCUGUAUCAACAAGGUGAUCCUGCUGCUGCUGAAUGCUUUUGACCUGGAGGAAGGCUCUUUAACAGCAGACAACCUCAAUGAGAUGAAAGAUUACCUCAUGGCCACUCACCCACAGGAAUAUGCCCAAUUAGCACCACAGAUUAAAAACUGCAGCUUGGAGGCUGAGCUAGACACGGCUGUCCAGGGGACGGGACUGGCAUUUAUAGUCUAUUCGGAAGCGAUCAAAAACAUGGAGGUGCCCCAGCUGUACUCUGUGCUCUACUUCUUCAUGCUGCUGAUGCUGGGCAUCGGCAGCAUGCUGGGGAACACGGCUGCCAUCCUCACACCGCUGACCGACAGCAGGGUCAUUGCCUCCCGCUUUCCCAAGGAGGUGAUCUCGGGUGUUGUGUGUUUCAUGAAUUGUAUAAUUGGCCUGAUCUUCACCAUGGAGGCUGGAAAUUACUGGUUUGACAUCUUCAAUGACUACGCAGCCACCCUCUCGCUGCUGCUCAUCGUGCUGGUGGAAACCAUCGCUGUGUGUUACAUCUAUGGGAUAAGGAGAUUUGAGAAAGACCUUUACACCAUGAUGGGAAGCAAGCCAAACUGGUAUUGGAAAAUUAUGUGGGCUUUUGUUAGUCCACUGCUUAUUAUAAGCCUAUUUAUUUUUUACCUCACCGACUAUAUCCUCACAGGAACAUUGCAAUACCAAGCAUGGGACGCCACACAGGGGCAGCUGGUGACCAAGGAUUACCCAGGCUAUGCCCUGGCCGUGAUCGGGCUGCUGGUGGCCUCAUCCACCAUGUGCAUACCCCUGGGAGCACUAAUGACUUUUAUAAGGAAGAGAAUGAAGAGGGAACGAGUUUCAACUGUUGCAUGAAAGCUGACAGCUGGAUUUGGGAGGACCUUACCCCCGUCACCAGUGACUGGGCACUUCUGGAAGACAGCAGCAACCAUUAUUUGUAGCAGCUACUUAUAGAGUUGAGAAUGGUGGGUGCUAUAUUGACCAAAAAGUGCUCUUGGGAGGUUCCACAAUGGUUUGGGGAAAAAAAGCUCUUCUGUAACAAGAUGAAGCUUUAAACCCUCUGUAAGAGGUGAGAAGAAGAGCAGCUCACAAAAUGCCAGCUAGCACAAAUUAACCAGCACAUCAGCCCAUUACAUAUUAGGUGAUUAUUUUCCACUGUUGUAGCACUGCCUGUGUGGAAACAUGAAUAACCAAGCAUGUUCCUGCACCAAUUUACCAGCAAAUGCCCACAAACCAUUCAAGACACUCAAGCAUACUCAUUGUUUGAAAUGACAUGUAUUUCAUAAACAGGUGAAACUCUUGGAA